AAAGGGAUAGAAGCCAUUUUUUUGGCCUCCAAUUUUGCGUCAGCACGGGCGGAAGAGCAGAUUUCCGGGACACGGGGGGCUUUCCCCCCGCACAGCUGGUGUUGUGACGACUGGAAAAAGGGUGGAGAGGAAUGACCUUGAACCCUUCUCGGGGUCCCGAGCGAGCAGCCUAGGGGACCUGCACCCCUGCAGCAGGAAGGCAGGCGAGGCGCCGGCGGCUGCACACCUGGACCGGCGGAUGCCUGGGACGACGGGGGGGGCUUGCACAUCUGGGUCUCGCCCGGGACUGGGGCCGCGGGGUCCCUUGCGACCCCGGAGCUGCUGAUGCACCGGGGCGGAGGGAGGGGCUGCGCAGCUGCGGCGCCGGGACGUCCCGAGGGGCGGAGGAGAGGGGCCGAGCAAGAGCCGGGGGCCAGGGCUUGCUCAGCUGGCUAGGCGGGGGACCACUUCCCAUCCCCCUUGCGAGAGGCCGGCUGUCCACGCCCCGCCGAGAUGCCGGAAGAAAACAUCUUUCUGUUUGUGCCCAAUCUCAUCGGCUAUGCCCGGAUCCUCUUCGCCCUCAUUUCUUUCUACUUCAUGCCCAACUGUCCAUUCACAGCCUCCUCCUUCUACUUGCUAAGUGGGCUCUUGGAUGCCUUCGACGGACAUGCAGCAAGGACCCUGAAUCAAGGGACGCGGUUUGGGGCGAUGCUGGACAUGCUAACUGAUCGAUGUUCUACCAUGUGUCUGCUGGUAAAUCUGGCUCUGCUCUACCCUCGGGCCACCCUGCUCUUCCAGCUCAGCAUGAGUCUAGACGUUGCCAGCCAUUGGCUGCACCUACACAGCUCAGUGGUCCGGGGCAGUGAGAGCCACAAAACCAUUGACCUAACAGGGAAUCCUAUCCUUCGACUUUACUAUACUUCACGGCCAGUGCUGUUCAUCAUGUGUGCUGGGAAUGAAUUUUUCUACUGUCUGCUUUACUUGCUCAAUUUCUCAGAAGGGCCCUUAGUGGGUUCAGUGGGUCUGUUCCGAAUGGGACUCUGGGUCUCUACUCCUAUCGCUCUUCUCAAGUCCCUCAUCAGUGCCAUCCACUUGGUUACUGCUGCACGCAACAUGGCUGCCCUGGAUGCUGCUGACCGCGCCAAGAAGGAAUAGCCCUGAUGUCUUUUCUGCUUCCAGCAAACUUCCAGUCCCAUUACAUGAUGCCCUGCCCCCUAUCCCCCACGGUGCUGUUCUGCCCUCCCCCAAUGAGGUCAGCCUUUUAUAUAGUAUAAGGCAUGUCCUCCACAGUGCUGUGUUACCCCCUCACCCCCCCCCCAAUGCUGUCAGAAUCUCUUCAAGGAUGUCACUGUUCUUUGUUUCCACUCCCAUGUGAUGUCACUUCCCUGAGAUGAGGGUAGCACCUAGACAUCAAAUGAGGACUCUCUGUGGGGGCAAUGAUGGAAGUCCCAGCCACAGGAGAUGAGGCCAUAGCCUCCAUGACUUGGGGAUGGCCAUAGCUCAAGGGUGGCCGAGCUGCCUGGGAGCAGGUGUGGAGACACAGGGGUGUGUUUUUGCACUGAGCCAGGCCAGGGGGCUGUUGUUCCCCAACCCCAGGAGAUGGUGUGAUCCAUGCAUGUUAGCAUGGUACUGCUGUAUUUGAGGGAGAUGGUGUGGGGACUGGCUCUCCACAAGGGGCCAAACUCCUCUCAUCCUGGCCUGGAUAUGUCUCGAAUUGGAGGAGUCUUUGCCCUGGGGACUUUACUCAGGAGGGAAGGAGGCUAUCUGGAUCCUUCCCUGUUGUACUGUGUCUCAUGAUGUGUAAUCUGGCCCUGAGGCCUUGAUGAUAAAGGAGGAAACUUCACAAUCAGA